AUGGACGACAAGAUCCAUAUCCAUGAUAAUAGUAAGGUUAAUACUAAAGCUGAAAUCGAAAGAAGAAACAAUAAGAGACAAAGGUGUAAUGACAUGAUGAUUGAUAUUAAAGAUGAAGUUCACGAGAUGAGCGAUCUCGAGCGAAUCAAUAAUGAUGAUACAGUUGAAGCUAUAGAUGAUACAUCUGACACAAUACUGACAGAAAGGCUCAAAUGGAUCACGACAAUAGUGAUGUAUUUUGCUAGUUUUGGCUUGGGUAUGUUAUUGUCAGUUUUCGGGCCUACGUUAUUGGAUCUCAAAGACCAGCUUCAAGUUGAUAUCACACAGGUGUCUAUUGCAAUUACCAUGUUAGCUGCCGGGUAUCUGGUUGGGGCAAUUAUUGGUGGGUUCCUAACUGAUCGGUACAAUCCAGCGCUCGUUCUUGGAGUAUUUAUGAUGAUCAACAUGGGCUUUCUUACCGUAAUACCUUUCUUCCAACAUCUUGGACCAUUUCUCGCGUACUGGGCACUACUUGGAUUUGGUGCAUCUGUGUCCGACACUGUGAUGGUUGUGUUUUUGAUAGCCAUAUGGGGUAGAAAAUCUAGUCCAUUCGUGCAGUUUCUAUUCUUCGCAAUGGGUGUAGGAACUUGUAUAUCUCCUCUCUUGGCAAACCUGUUCGUCACGCCAACAGAAUCUGGAAAAUCCGGAAAUGACACAAUAGUAUUUGAAAUUAGUUUUGACAAUGUAACUGCUCCAUUAACAAUGGCGACUGCAGAGACUGCCUUUCCAAUAAGAGGAAGAGAACUAAGAAUGGAGACCGAUGCUAAAUAUGUUUACGUGAUUAUAGGCAGUUAUCUUGGAUUAAUAGGUUUGCUUUUCUGUGGCAUUGCGAUAAAAUUCGGAUCAAUUUAUGCCGUGAGACCAGGCGUGAGACAUGAUGUCAACACCGUCAAUAAUGAUGAUGGAUUGAUGAUUCCAACUUGGAACCAAAUGAAUAAACGCUAUGGGAUAAAAAUGUUGAUCUUUGUGUUCCUGAUUUAUUUUGCAUAUGGGGGAUUCCACAUUACAAUAAGUGGACUUGUGACGACCUUUGCCAUUCACGGUCUCCAUUGGACCAAGGAUCACGGAACAAUUAUAGCUUCGGUUUAUGGUGGUGCAGUUACUCUUUCAUGCGUUCUGGGUGUAUUUGCAACCAAGAUAUUGUCGCUAUCACAAAUGAUUUCAAUUCAGAUAUUGACAAUAAUUUUGUCAAUGAUCAUCAUGGUAGCAUUCGUACAAUUACACGCGUCUGUACUUUGGGUGACAAUUAUUUUAGCUGGAUUAGCAUCUGGUAGCCUGAAUGCAACGAUAUAUUCCUGGUUUCAAACUAACGUGAUGCAGAUAACUGGGAUAGUUGCGAGCAGCAGUAUCAUAGGAAAAUCAUUGAGUGCGAUGAGUGUGCCCUUAGUGGCUGCUGCCCUUAUGGAAAACGUACAUUAUAUGUGUUUUUCAUACCUGAUAUUAGGUAUUGUGGUUCUGCUAGGAGUAGUAGCCAUAUGUAUCUAUGUAUGUUUUAAGAUUUAUACGAAAAGGCAAUUCUAG